UAGUUCUUGACAAUGCUAUCGUGAGAAAAAUCAUGCCCGUUGCUGGAUUUGAAACGAGUUCCGAAACUGUAAAGUUUCCUGGAAUCAGUUCAUCGUCAAAACACUGCAUUUGAUUUCCAAACGAAUUUUACCGACUCGGGCUUAAGUACUUUUCAAAAUACACGAGAUAAUCGAAUUAAAACUCGAACCAUGACAAUAAACAAGGAAACGGGAACCGAUCCCGAUCCUGGAUAUAAGCCUACGUUACGCAGUCAAGAUAAGGCCGCCCUGAAGGAACUGCUGCACACGCGUCUUGUGGAGUGCGGAUGGCACAAGGACAUUAAGGAAAUGAUACGAAACAUCAUCAUGGAGCGCGGAGUGGACAAUAUAAACCGCGACCAACUGGCUGCCCAAAUAGUCCCGCAAGCUCGCGCUUUGGUGCCUGAAGUCGUCAAAAAUGAGAUGAUGCUGCGCGUGCACGCCGCCCUCGAUAAGUAGUGACUGCCCAUCGGUUCCAUCCUUAACCUUAACCUUAAAAAAUCACGUGUUCUAAAUUCUAGCACGUGUUUGUGGUUUAUUAUCGAAUUUAAGUAGAUAUUUACAUACUUAUGCUAGCUAUGAAUUGCGGCAUUAGUUAUACAAUACGCAUAUAAUAAAUAAACAAUAAACAACUACAAUUAGUU